UUUUCGUUUUAGUUUCCUAUCCGUGGUUGGUGGUACCUAUUGGGUUCGUGGUUAUCUUGCCAUGAAAAUUUAAUUUAUCUGUCUAAGUAAUUUUGCCGCUAUUAUGUAGAAUUCUUUAAAUAUACGGAGUGUGGUUGUUAAAAACAUCUUUCUAAAAUGUCUACAGUUCUUCUUGCAGUAAUUGCUGUUAUUCUGUGUGUGCUUUUUCGAAUACUUAAUGUGAAUAGUCAACCUCAUAAGCCUGUAAUAUAUGGCAGAGAUAGAAAUUUUAUUGAAAAUAUUCUAUUCAUUGCACCAUUUCUAAAUGAACCUUACAUUCCAACCCGAUUAUGGGGAUUUAGUGGUCAUGUACAGACCAUUCUUCAUAGCCUGAUAGGUCGUGUGCGAUGCCCAUGGCCUAUAGGAGGAAGAAUUUCCUUAAUCUUGCCAGAUAAAUCAACUCUAACCUAUGACCUAUACGAACCCUUAGGAGCAGAACAUGAAGAUGACGUAACAGUGGCAAUAUGUCCCGGCAUCGGCAAUACAUCGGAGAGUGUGUACAUCCGCACAUACGUGCACUAUUCGCAAAGACACGGCUACAGAUGUUCUGUUCUCAACCACAUUGGAGCGUUGAAUAGCGUUCCAGUCACCGGUACUAGAAUAUUCUCGUAUGGUCACACCGAUGACUUCAACUACAUGAUAGAGAAUUUGUUGGAGAGAUAUCCUAAUACGAAACUGAUAUUAGUUGGGUUCAGUUUAGGCGGUAAUUUGAUAACGAAGUAUCUCGGCGAGGAGAGGAAGAGACCCAAGAAUAUAAUAGGCGGUAUAUCGAUAUGCCAGGGAUACAAUGCCAUCGAUACCAUGGUAUAUCUACUUCAAUGGCAAAACUUCCGACGAUUCUACCUUUACAUAAUGACUGAUAACUAUCGCAAUAUAAUCACGAGACAUAAGCGUAUGCUUCUGAGUCCAGAAAUGAAGAGUCGAUACUCGCUCGACGAAACGACGAUCGUGUCGGCGGGAACUUUGCCCGACUUGGACGAGGCUUACUCAAGGAAAGUGCACGGUUUCAAUUCGGUAACGGAAUUGUACAAAUGGAGUUCGUCGGCCUUCUACUUACAAAAUAUAAAGACACCAAUGAUAUUUAUAAACGCCCGAGAUGAUCCGAUUGUACCCGAACCGCUGCUACCUCACAUCAGAGAAUUUGUCAGCUCACAUGACAAGGUGAUGUACCUAGAGCUGUCGCACGGCGGCCACCUCGGUUUCUACGAGGGCGGGCUGGUGUACGCCAACCCCGUGACCUGGCUGGACCGCGCGCUGGCGGCGCUGGUGGGCGGGCUGCUCAUGGCGCACCACAAGUGCGAGCCGCGCGACGCGCCGUGCGAGCCGAGCCCGCGCUGCGACGAGCCGGACCUCAUCAAGUCCGCCACUAUCAUAUACCGGGACCCGCUCGACAAGCCCGCACUAGAUGCUUAGACUAGAUCUCUAUUAGGAAAUUGUCUGUAGAUAGAUAUUGAUGAUAUAGUUACAACAUGGAGAGUUCGUGUCGAUAGGUUUAUGUUCCUAUUGACGAGAUUAAAAUAUUCCUAUAUUAUUCCACACGUUUUCGUUUGUUCACUUUUAACUUUUGUGUUCAUUUUUGUCCGUAGUUUGAACAAAAAUUUAUUCAAAAACUCAUCUUUAAUUACUAAUUACAUAAAUAACACUCACAAAGGGCGCAUCUUAAUUUAUAUCUCUAUAGUAUUUAAUAUAAUUGUUUUUAAUAUUUUGGCGUAAUAGUAAUUCCAUCUGAUCUUUUAUAGUUAAUAGUGCUUGCCGAUUAUUUCGAAUGGAAAUUUAUUGUACAUUAAAUGAUGGUGAUGUUAUUUACGUUCCAGUGUUGUGUAUUACUUAUAUGUAAACGUACUUACGAGUUUUGAGAUUAACCACGUAAGGUUUUAUAUUAUUUGCAUUUAUUUUAAUGUAUUAUUUAUUCAUAUAUUUGUAUAUUAAUAACGUAACGACGUGUUCAAUUAGGGUGAAGCCUGUAUAAAAUGUAGCUUAUAUUAUAUAUUUUUGUGACUGCUAAGGUCAUGCAAUGUGUUGUUUAGUGUUAUACUAAGAUUUCGGAUGUAGAUUUAUAGUUGUAAAUGUUCUGCUUUGUCUAAGGACAUAAAACACAUUAAGCAAACUGUUGGUCGAUAUAUUUCUUAUUCUUUAUACAAACAUUAUAAAAGCUAUUUAAAUAAUAAAAUCGCAGUAUAUUCAAAUCACAUACAACUAAUAUUUUUUAUUCAAGUAUACAUUUAUGAGUAGUCUUAAUCGUCGUACUCGCAUUAAUUUAUGACAUUACCAAUUAUCAUUAAUAUUAUGAUGGAAUUAAGUGCCUCUGUCAUAUUCGAAAUUAUGUAUACUUAUUUUAAAAAAAAAACAAUUAAAAACAUUUGUUAAAUGUUUUGGACAAAAUCUUGUUACAAAGAUACUACAAAAUUUUUAUAUUUUUUUUGGAUAGAAAAUUAUUAGUAAAAAACGUCAUAAUCAUUGAACCCGUUAAAUGUCUAUAACUACAUAAUAGAUGCCCAAUUCAAAAUAAUAAAUGAUAUCAUUUAAAAACAAACUUUAAAAGUUAGCAUACACAUGCAAUAGUAUGAUAUCUACAGUAUUGAGCAGCAGUGCAAUAUUAUUGACUAUUUAGAUCAACACACAUCCGAUAUUGCUGACAAAUGUGUCAGAAGUAUAAACGUAACACAUGUUAACCCACUCUUAAAAGUGAAUUAAUAUGAGUGCAAUUUUUAUAAAUAUUUUAAUGUAAAAAUAAAUGUUUUUAGAUUAGAUUUGAGGUGCUUAACAUUUAAAAGUUAUUAUAUAUAUUAUAUAUAUAAAUCUAUUAUAGCUACUAAAUUAUCCCAAUGUUUUUAUUAAUUUAUAAUGUUACCAUGUUUAUGUUACAUAGUACAAAUUCAAAGCUAAGCACAAAAUGUAAGGCUAAGUACUCCACCAAAAUUUCCUUUUACUUUCCUAUGUAUAGAAUCGUUUUAAAAGUUUUCUUAAAUUAUUCUGUUUAUUUAUUUUACAAUUUCAGAUUUAUUUGGUUAGAAUUUUGUUCGUUUUUGAAAAUCAUUCAAUUAUUUAGCGUUCGAAUUGUAGCGACUAUUUUAUUUGCCUGUUGCGAGGCCUAUAACUUAUAUGCAGUACUUUAUUAAUGACACAAAAAUAUAGAGAUUUGUAUAAUUAAAAGACAGUAUUUAAAGGACCAAUAUCACCUAAUUUCAUGAAUUCUUAUUUUCCUUGCAUGAACAUUUCCUCAUUUUAUACUUUGUAUAAACUUAUUAAAUUAAGAUAGAUUUAUUUAUUUAAUUGUUUGUGGCAACUCAUGUACGAAAGGUACAAGUUUAAAUUAAAAUAGAAUUAUAUAAUAACGCAUAUAUGAAAUUCCUCAAUGUGGUAUGUUGAUGUGUGAUUUGAACUGUUUUACAAAUAUUAAGAAAAAUUCCAAGUGUGCAUCAGAAUGACUACAAAGUGUCAGUUGAGCUUUAAAAUACUACCAGCAUUUAGUACAAAAAUAAUUUUAAAAUGGCCGGCAAUUUAUAAUUUCCACACAAAGACUCUGUAUUGUGCAAUUCUUUUUACGCAAUAAUUUAGCACCUAUUUGGUACCUAAACAUAAAUUUUUAUUAGAUUACUAACUCAAAAAAGAUUAUACUAGCGAAAUCAAAAAAUAUAAAUGGAAUAAGCUCCAAACCUUCUUUUCAAAAGGGAGAGGAGGCCUUUAGCCCAGCAGUGGGACAUAAACAGGCUGCUACUGCUACUGUAUAUAUUUUUUGUUUUCGCUAAUAUAAUCAUUAUUUUUUGAGUUAUUGAUCUAAUAAAAAUCUAUGUUAGGUACCAAAUAGGUACUAACAGAUUGUGUCAAAACAAUUACACGAUACGGAGUCAUCUUGACGUCAGAAUGACCGGCCAUUUUAAAAUUGAAUUUUCCUGUUCAUGAUUUAAGUACCAAAUAUUUAAACAAAGAUACUAAAUAUGUACUAAAUGCUGUUAGUAUUUUAAAGCUGAUCUGUCACUUUGUACAGUAAUUCUAAUGCACGCAAUAAAUAGUUCUAGUUAUUAAUCUCAAAUAAAUUAUGUGUGAAAAAAAUAGUGCAUGUUUUAAGUCAAAAUUAUAUUGUGUUAUGAAAUUAAUUGUACUGCUUUAUUGUAGACAUAUGAUUUUUAAGUAUAUUAUGUUUAUAAACGAAUGUUUCAAUAACUAUUUAUAUAAAAAACCGAGCGGUUGUCAGUUUAACAUGACAUGAUAUAUAUCGAAAUAGCUUAAAGGUUUUAUCAAACUGGCUGACGAUAUGCCGCAGGCGGCGUAUCAUGACCUAUACGGUAGAAAAAGAAAUUGUAGAAAAUACGUAUCGUAUACGUUAUUAUAGUGCCUAAAGAAUAGUACUGGUAUAAUUGGAGCCUUAAAUAUAUCAUUUUGUAUUAAACUAUUUUUAUAGAAAAUAUUGUUGCCAGUUCUGUUUAAUGUUUGUUAAUGCUACAUUCAAUGUUAAGUAUUGAUAACAACUAUGAAUUAAAAUUGAAGUGUUUGAUUGAAAUUUUGAUAUUAAAUUUCCUUAGUACAGGCCUAAUAAAUG